AUGCCCAGUGCUUCAGCGAUGAGGGUGGUUAGGAAUGUGCCAGCAGCAGUACGACGAGUGUCAGCGAAUCAAACGGCGGUUCGAAGUAUAUCAUCACGGUCCUCGAUCCAUACCUCACAAUCGGCCUCGAGCGGUAGGAGUGCGUUCAGGAAUUCAUGGCAGAGCCGCGCGGUGGUGCCAGUAGGCAGUCGAGGGUUCUCUGCUACGAAAGCCGUGAAACAUGAGCAUGUCAAGCCGCCGGCGCCGGGGAAAGAGAUCUAUAUCACGUUCGUCGACAAGGACGGUAUGGAACAUAAGAUUGCUACCGCAGCAGGUGAUAACCUUCUCUCCGUCGCGCAGACACACGAUAUCGAAAUGGAAGGUGCAUGCGAAGGUUCCUGUGCCUGUUCAACCUGCCAUAUUAUCAUCGAGAGCGAGGAGAUGUAUGAGAAGUUGCCCGAGGCGUCGGAUGACGAGAAUGAUAUGCUGGAUCUGGCGUUUGGGCUGACGGAGACGUCGCGGUUGGGCUGUCAGUGUGAGGUUAAGGAGGAGCUUAAUGGGAUGAGAGUCAGACUGCCGAAUGCGACGAGGAAUAUGCAGGCUAGUAAUUUUACUUCGAAAUAA